AUGAGCAGCAGACAGGAGAAUGUCAAGUGGGUUGAUGGCCUCCGCGGCUUCGCCUCUCUGCUAGUCGUCUUCACCCAUAUUGCUCGCGCCUUUGAUGAAGAUCUCUUCAAACCCACAUCCGCAGAGGGUGCUCCCCCACGAUUCCUCCAGUACCCGAUUGUACGGAUCUUGGUCCAGGGACGAAUUGGAGUCACGAUCUUUUCCCUCGUCACUGGUUAUGUGUGUGCAUUGAAACCGAUUCGACAAUGUCGAGCAGGAAACCAGGAUGCGGCGUUCAAAUCCAUCGCCAGGAGCGCCUUUCGUCGAGUACCAAGGCUUAUUCUUCCAACGACGAUCGCUACCACUCUGAUAUGGUUCAUUUGCCAGUUUGGAGUCUUCGAGGUGGGAAACAGAGUUGAUAGUUGGUGGGUGAAUUACACAUCACCGAAUAUGACACCGUACUUUGGAGAUGCGAUCAAGAGCUUAUUGUACCAUAUUAUCACGACAUGGACGAAAUCAUGGAACAUCUAUGACAACAACCAAUGGACGCUACUCCCGUUAUUGAAGGGAAGUAUGCUUAUUUACAUGAUGCUUGUUGCGACAGCGUAUUGCAAGCCGAGAUACAGGAUGAUCAUCGAGCUUGCCUUGUUUGUUUACUACUAUAUUAGUAAUGACUCUGCAUUUGGAAUGCAAUUCUUCUUCGGGGCUUUCCUGUCCGAUCUUUCUCAACAUCCACCCCAUCUGGCAUGGUGCGCAGCCCGGAAAUGGCCCUCAAGACUCCUUUCCCCGUUCCUGUGUCUUAUCGGUCUUCUCCUCGCCUCUUACCCAGAAGACAAAGCCCAAUGGAUGCCCUGGUCAAAAUUCAUGGGCCAAACAUCCGUCUACAUCUUCCCAGCCGACAACGAGACCCCUCGCUUCUACUCAGGAAUCGGCCUCAUCUUCUUCGCUCUCGGAAUCCACUUUUCAAACCCAAUGAAGGACAUCCUCUCCAACAAAUACCUCCUCUGGUUCGGAAAGAACUCCUUUGCUGUGUACCUCCUGCACGGCACCCUCCUCCGCACCCUGCUCGUAUGGAUGUAUUUCGGGCUCAAGACCCCUGGAGACAUCAUCCACGAAGACGGUAGGAUCGAGCCUGGCCCACCACUAAAGAUCUGUGGGAAAGCGAGAUGGUACUUCUGGUUGCCGAUCUGGUUCGUUAUUCUAUACUACGUGGCGAAUUUGUGGACGAAAUAUGUGGAUCCGUGGUGUGCGAGGGUCACGGAGAGGUUGGUGAAGUAUGUUUUUGAGGACCCGCAGGAGAAUAGUCAGGAGAAGAGGUUGUUGCCUCAGUGAAGGAUAUCAAAAGACGGAUGACUUCAACAACACGGGGACUAUUUUGAGAGAACUACGACAAGACCAUAUAGAGAGAAAGACAGAAGGCGGCUACCUCACCUUGGCGCAAAGGAGUCAAAUAUUGGAUGGAGGCAUCGCAUUGCAUUGCAUGUAUCAAUGCAUUGAAGGAGUUUAGCAAUGGAUCGAUCCAUCUCACGAAUUU